GCGUUCUUCACCAUCCUUACAAUGACGAUCGUCAUCCUCCUCUUCGCCUUCGCCCGACCUAGAACCGAAAUUGACUACACGCACGACCUCCGCAUCUAUGAUACCGAGCAAAUGGGAACCAAGCGCUCUCCGUUCACAUUCGUCUACAACCAUACUCUGGGAGGGUACAUGCUUCGAGGACUAGAUCGUCAUAACCGCCUUCCGGUGUCAGACUCGAUGGUCAGCAUUCAAAUAUCGCCUUCGCAGCCGAGGAUUUUUGGAGAUGAGAAGGAUGAAGAUAAGAAUAGGGUUAUGAAGGUCGUGCUUACGCCUCCGACGCCGGCGAAGAAGGAGAAGAUGAGGCCGGUUUCGUCGUUUGUGAGGACUGAACCGUUUAGGAUGGGACGGGGGUAGAUGUGUGAUAGUAGGUGGAGGGGUUGGCCUCGGAUAUUCCAUAUAGUUUGUAGGUGUGGUUUUGCAUUGGGUCUCUGAAUCGACGAUGCGCUG